UUGGAAAAUAGUUGCUCAGAACCUACGAGAAAAUAACAAUGUUACUCACGUUCAUAAAGUAUUUAUCAAUCCACCAACAACAAACUCCAUGAGAUGUAUCUCUAAUUGUGUCAAAGUUUCUCAAUGCAUGAAAAAUUAGCUUAAAAAAACUCGCAGAUAAGAAAUAACAUUGAUAUAAAAGCAACUCUUUUGCAAUCGUGUCGUUAGUUCACUCAUCGCAGCCGUUCAGUCCAGUAAGAAUAAUCGUUACACAAAAAGUAUCUUCAAACACAGAUUCAAAAUGACAUCCCAAUAUGUCUUCAUUCUGGCCGUCUUCGCCACCUUGGCUGUAACUUUCGCCAACAAUGACUUGAUCAUCGGUGAUCAUGUCGCUGGUGAUCGCCUUCUUCAGCUGGAACACAUCGAGAAAGACGCCGCUUGGUGGGGCGAGAAAGGUUCGAUUACAAGGACUUUUGAGGGUGACACGUUCGCUAAAAUCACGAUGGUCCGCGCCCUUGACAAGCACGACAACGGACACGGCGCCACAGCCGAGAUCAUCGCUGGUGGAGUUGGCCACUCUUACGUCACUAUCAAGUUCGUCAGUGAAAGAUUACGCGGCAUCGACUUCAUCGUCGAAAUUUACGGAAAAUAGAAGAUGUCUGGAAUUGCCCAGUUGAUAAAUGAAAGAUCUGUAUAACAUGUGUACCGAGAUGUGUGUCAAGAUGUGUUAGUAAAUAAGUAAAUAUUAAUGUGAUUGUAACCAUCUUGCAAUUUAUUUCGUUCGAAUACACAAUUAACUUGAUAGGUA